GCAGGGUGGGCGGCGAUGGAGGCUGCCCGCGCCGUGCGCUUCCUGCUCGUGGUGUGCGGCUGCCUCGCGCUCCCGCCGCGGGUCGAGCCCGUGUGCCCGGAGCGCUGCGACUGCCAGCACCCCCAGCACCUCCUGUGCACCAACAGGGGGCUCCGCGCCGUGCCCAAGACCAGCUCGCUGCCGAGCCCCCACGACGUGCUCACUUACAGCCUUGGCGGCAACUUCAUAACCAACAUCACGGCCUUCGACUUCCACCGCCUGGGGCAGCUCAGACGGCUGGACUUGCAGUACAACCAGAUCCGCUAUCUCCACCCCAAGACCUUCGAGAAACUCUCGCGCCUGGAGGAGCUCUACCUGGGGAACAACCUCCUGCAGGCGCUCGCCCCCGGCACGCUGGCCCCGCUACGCAAGCUGCGCAUCCUCUAUGCCAACGGGAACGAGAUCGGCCGCCUAAGCCGCGGCUCCUUCGAGGGCCUGGAGAGUCUGGUCAAGCUGCGGCUGGACGGGAACGCCCUGGGGGCGCUGCCGGACGCAGGCUUCGCCCCCCUGGGCAACCUGCUCUAUCUACACCUGGAAUCCAACCGGAUCCGCUUUCUGGGCAAGAACGCCUUCGCCCAACUGGGCAAGCUGCGCUUCCUCAACCUCUCUGCCAAUGAGCUGCAGCCCUCCCUGCGCCACGCGGCCACCUUCGCACCGCUGCGCUCCCUCUCCACCCUCAUCCUCUCCGCCAACAGCCUGCAACACCUCGGGCCGCGCGUCUUCCAGCACCUGCCACGCCUCGGCCUGCUCUCGCUCAGGGGCAACCAGCUCACACACCUCGCGCCCGAGGCCUUUUGGGGGUUGGAGGCCCUGCGCGAGCUGCGCCUGGAGGGCAACCGGCUGAGCCAGCUGCCCACGGCGCUGCUGGAGCCUCUGCAAAGCCUGGAGGCGCUGGACCUGAGCGGCAACGUGCUCUCCGCUCUGCACCCUGCCACCUUCGGCCACCUGGGCCGGUUGCGCGAGCUCAGCCUGCGCGACAACGCGCUCAGUGCCCUGUCUGGGGACAUCUUCGCCGCCAGCCCAGCCCUUUACCGGCUGGAUCUAGACGGCAACGGCUGGACCUGCGAUUGCCGGCUGAGGGGCCUGAAGCGCUGGAUGGGCGACUGGCACUCGCAGGGUCGGCUCCUCACUGUCUUCGUGCAGUGUCGCCAUCCCCCGGCCCUGCGGGGCAAAUACCUGGAUUACCUGGAUGACCAGCAGCUGCAGAACGGGUCCUGCGUGGAUCCUCCGCCUUCAGCUUCCCCGACCGCCGAGGGCAGGCGGCGGCCCCUACCCGCUGCCGCCGGGUUGGAGAUGACGCCCCCUGCAGAUGGUCUCGCGGAGGAGCUGCCGCCUCAGCCUCAGUCCCAGCAGCGGGGCCGAUUUCUAGCUGGGGCGGCCUGGGAUGGGGCUGCCAGGGAGCUCGUGGGCAACCGGAGUGCCCUAAGGCUGAGCCGGUGGGGCCCAGGCCUCCAGCAGCCCGGCCCUUCCGUGGCUGCCGCCGCGGGCCUGGCUCCACAUGCCCUGGACCUGCACGAGAAGCCCCGGCUGGGACGUCCGACGCGGGCCGAUCCCGCCCACGUGGAGCCCACCCCAACGACAGCUCCCGGCUCUACGACAUCGGCCCCCCGCGACCCCUGGCAGCGCGUGGCGAAGCAGCGCCUGGCCGCAGAGCAGCAGGAGAGUGCUGCGCAGUCCGACGGCGGGGUCGGUCUGCCGCCACUGGUGUCCGACCCUUGCGACUUCAACAAGUUCAUCCUGUGCAACCUGACGGUGGAGGCGGUGGGCGCCGACAGCGCCUCGGUGCGCUGGGCCGUGCGUGAGCACCGCAGUCCCCGGCCACUGGGCGGCGCGCGCUUCCGCCUGCUCUUCGACCGCUUUGGCCAGCAGCCCAAGUUCCACCGCUUCGUCUACCUGCCCGAGCGCAGCGACUCGGCCACACUCCGCGAGCUGCGCGGGGACACCCCCUACCUGGUGUGCGUGGAGGGCGUGCUUGGGGGCCGGGUCUGCCCCGUGGCCCCCCGGGACCACUGCGCGGGGCUGGUCACCCUGCCGGAGGCCGGGAGCCGGGGCGGCGUCGACUACCAGCUGCUCAUCUUGGCCCUGCUGACCGUCAACGCGCUACUGGUGCUCCUGGCCUUGGCGGCCUGGGCGUCCCGCUGGCUGCGGAGGAAGCUGCGGGCCAGGCGGAAGGGCGGGGCCCCGGUCCACGUUCGCCACAUGUACUCCACCCGACGGCCCCUGCGCUCCAUGGGCACCGGCGUGUCCGCCGACUUCUCGGGGUUCCAGUCGCACCGGCCGCGCGCCACCGUGUGCGCCCUCAGCGAGGCGGACCUCAUUGAGUUCCCCUGCGACCGCUUCAUGGACAGUGCGGGCGGCGGCGCGGGCGGCAGCUUGAGGCGGGAGGACCAUCUCCUGCAGCGAUUUGCUGACUAGGUCCAGGGCUGCCGGGCGAGUAGAGACCAUCUCAUUGGCCUUGAGGAGCCACCUCUCCGUGGGGCCCACCAACCCACCUCAGGGGAAGAUCCUAUUUUAGCAAACCUUCUCCUUCCUACCUUUUGUGAACUUGCCAGAGAGGCCAAAGGGGACAGAGGGCCAAUUCAGGCACCAUACCCCAAUUUCCUAUACUCACUGAUGGCGUAAAUGGGUAGUACUUGGUGGUCAGGGCAAAGGGGACACAUGGGUGGUGGGGUGCCGAGGUCGCCUUCACAUGAAGGCCUUGCAUAGCUAUGGGAAUGGCUCUUGUAGCAUUGCAGUGUAAUAGCCUGGCCUCUUUGGAGUAGAAGAGCAUGCUUGUGCCCCCAACGUGGCCAGAAAGAGAUUUGGGUGCAUGCUUUUUGUUUGCUCAGUGUCAAACAGAGGAGUUUUAUUUCUAUUUAAGGAAAAAGGAACUUAUUACCAUUACAAAGGAGGCUUGGCAACUGACUCCACUGGUCUGGUGGUCUCUGCCAAGAAGGGUGAUGUAAACAGGUGGUAAAGUUUAACACACUUGCCAAGGAACUCAUUUAUGUUGGCUGAUAGAGCAUUCAGGAUACCUUAAAGUUUAAAUAAUGAGACGCAAUUUUUUUUUCAACAAUGU